UGUAACUGUUAAAAAACCUGUUACUUUUUCGGAAAAAUUUCAAUCAUGGAUGAUUAACGAAGGUGCUAGAAAUAUAUUUUUUUUCGUAUGGAUAUUCCUUCAUGCUCUUGUAUUUGCUAUGGCCUUCCUCAAUUAUUUCUUUAGUGAUAAUCUUAACACUGCUAGACAACUUUUUGGAAUUACAUUUACAAUGGCUCGUUCUGCUGCUUUAGUUUUACAUGUUGAUGCUGCUAUGAUUUUAUUCCCUGUUUGUCGAAAUUUAAUUUCUGUACUUCGUUCUACUCCUUUGGGUGGUAUUAUUCCUUUUGAUGAAAAUAUUGAAUUUCACAAAGCUAUUGGUUGGUCAAUAGUAUUUUUCACUAUUGUUCAUACUGUUUCUCAUUGGAUUAACUUUUAUGAACUUGCUCGUGCUCAAAAUGGUGGUAUUGUUAUGUGGCUUGAACUUAAUUUCCUUACUGGUCCUGGUGCUACUGGUUAUGUUAUGUUAAUAGCUUUAUUUUUAAUGGUUUUUACUGCCACUGAAAAAGCAAGACGUCGUCAUUUUAAUAGAUUUUGGUAUCUUCACCAUCUUUUCAUUCCUUUCUUUGGUGCUUGGUCUUUUCAUGGUGCUUUCUGUAUGAUUAAACCUGAUCGUCCUCCUUAUUGCAAUGAUAUUGCUGUAUUUUGGAGAUAUUGGAUCGCUUCUGGUGUUAUUUAUAUUAGUGAACGUAUUUUAAGAGAAAUACGUGCUCAACAAAAAACUUAUAUUUCAAAAGUUGUUAUGCAUCCUUCUAAAGUUUUGGAAAUUCAAAUUAAAAAAAAUAUUACAACACAAGCUGGUCAAUACGUAUUUUUAUGUUGUCCUGAAGUAUCUUAUUGGCAAUGGCAUCCAUUUACUUUAACUUCUGCUCCUGAAGAAGAUUAUAUUUCAAUUCAUAUUCGUGUAGUUGGUGAUUUUACUGAAGAAUUAGCUAAAAAACUUGGUUGUAAUUUUGAAGAAGAAGCUGCAUUACGUAAAAAAAAUAGAGAUCGUAUAAAAAGUCAAUAUGAUGGUAUUGAUAUUUCUUCUGAUAAUCCUAAAUUAUUAAAAAUUUUACCUCGAGUUAUGAUCGAUGGUCCCUUUGGUAGUGCUUCUGAAGAUGUUUUCAAAUUUGAAGUUGCUAUGCUUGUAGGGGCUGGUAUUGGUGUCACUCCAUUUGCUAGUGUUCUUAAGAGUAUUUGGUAUCGUGUCAAUUAUCCAAAAAAAUCUACCAAGCUUCGUAAAGUAUACUUCUUCUGGAUUUGUCGUGAUUAUGAAUCCUUCGAAUGGUUCCAAUCGCUGUUGUUAGCACUUGAAGAACAAGAUAUUGAACAAUUUAUUGAAAUUCAUACAUAUCUAACUGGCAGAUUGCGUCAUUCAGAAGUAGGAAAUAUUCUUGUAAAUGAUGAUGGUAAUAUAAAAGACACUAUUACAGGUCUUAGAGCUCCAACUCAUUUUGGACGUCCAAAUUGGGAUAAAAUUUUCUCAAAUAUGAGAGAUCAAUAUCCAGCUACUGAUGUAGGUGUAUUCUUUUGUGGUCCAGUGCCACUUGGAAAAUCACUUCAUGAAAAAUGUAAUUUAUGGAGUCAAGGAUUUGAAGACGGAACAAGGUUUUUCUAUGGAAAAGGUUGGUUUUUCUUAAUUAUAUAA